ACAUGGAGACUAGGAAAGAUGAAGAUUCUGAGAGCAUCUACAUGAAUGUAGACGACAAUGGGGCCAAUCACAGUGAGGUCUAUGAGAACUUCUUUGCAGAUACAGCAACACCGAAAGCAGGUUCUCAGGCUGUUUCUGAGGGGAAGCAGGUGCGCUCUGGUAGGCCAGCUGCAGUGUGUCUGGGGCUGCUGUGUGUUCUCCUGCUGGCUGUUAUUAUGGGCCUGAGUACAAAACAUAAUGCAGAGAAAGAGCAGUUAUGGAACAGGUUCAACAACGUGACUAUGGAGAGAGACCAGUUACAGGCCAGCUUUGACAAUCUGACCAUAGAAAGAGAUGGACUUCAGAGACAGCUUUCUAACAUUGAAAUAUUGUGUCCACAUGGUUGGAGAAGGUUUAAGUCCAGCUGUUACUACGUUUCCCACAAUAUAAACACCUGGGAUCAUGGCAGACAGGACUGCAGAGGAAAAGAAGCAGACCUGGUCAUCAUCACCAGCAGAGAGGAACAGACUUUUGUUUCUGGACUGGCAAGCAACUUCUGGAUUGGUCUGACUGACCGUGACCGUUUGAGGCAGUGGAAAUGGGUGGACGGCACAUUGCCAAUAUCUGGGUAUUGGAUGAGAGGAGAACCAAAUUAUUAUACAUACUGGAACUCUGGAACUUUCAUACAUGAGAACUGUGUGCAGGUAGCCUCUAAUGGUUAUGAUCCUUUAUUCAACUGGAAAAAAGUGAGAUGUGACCGCCUGCACACCUGGAUAUGUGAGAAGAUGACUCGGUGUGUAAUUAAGUAUAUUAAUGUGAAAGAAGAGAAGAAAAGUCUGUCCCAAACUGUCUUAUCUUUGAAAGUGGAGAGAGAGACCCUCUUAUCCAGUAUCAGAAAUCUGACUGAAGAACGAGACCAGCUAAAGAGCAGCUACCAGAAUCUGACUAAGGAGAGAGACCAGAUGAACAAAACCAUGAAUGAGUUAAAAGACAAGCUAAUGAGUGCUGACAAUGUGACUGAGAUGUUCAAUGUAGAAGGGUGGAAGAAAUUUGGAAGCAGGUAUUACUACUUCUCUACUGAGGAGAAGAGCUGGAAUAAGUCCAGGCAGGACUGCAUAGAGAGAGGAGCAGAUCUGGUGAUCAUAAACAGCAGAGAGGAACAGGAGUUCAUUAAAAAGGGAAGCAGAGAUGUCUGGAUUGGUCUGAGUGAUGAAGAAAGAGAAGGAGAGUGGAAGUGGGUGGACGGGUCAGCACUGACGACCACAUUUUGGAAGAGUGGUGAACCCAAUGAUUUUCAAAGAGGGGAGGACUGUGCUGUUUUCCUACUCUGUUCUCUUCCACUGAGGACAUGGAACGAUUUACCCUGCACUCAUAGUGUAGCCUGGGUCUGUGAAUCUACAAAGCGACCGGCAUAA